AGACCUCUGUGCAAGGCCCCUCGUCCGACCCCCCGACUAUCCGACAUCAGCAAAAUCAGCCAUGGCCGAACAGAUUGAGAAGGCUUACCAGAAGCAGCACCUCUUCCAGAACGCCAAGUUCAAGGGCGGCAAGAAGAUCUCGACGAAAGAGAAGAGGUGGUUCAAGGAUGUCGGCCUUGGCUUUAAGACGCCAGCGGAAGCCGUCACUGGCUCAUACAUUGACAAGAAGUGCCCUUUCACGGGUAACGUCUCCAUCCGUGGUCGAAUCCUGACUGGCCGUGUCGUUUCGACGAAGAUGACCCGGACGAUCAUCAUCCGGAGGGAUUACCUCCAUUACGUCCCCAAAUACAACCGUUACGAGAAGCGACACAAAAACUUGGCCGCCCACGUCUCGCCAGCCUUCCGUGUAGAGGUCGGUGACAUCGUGACAGUGGGUCAGUGCCGGCCUCUGUCCAAGACUGUGCGGUUCAACGUUCUCCGUGUUGCGAAGAACAAGGCUGCGGCGAAGGCAUUCGGGAAGUUCUAGGCGGCUGUUGUCGGAUGCGAGCGGGGGAUGCGGGGUACUAUGCUGUUUUACUACUUACUACUACAUCAUGUCGUGCUAUGCAUCUAUGCAAACCACCAUUGCACGUACUCCCGUGGCUGGAUCACAAGCUCUGUUACGUCGAACGGGAUGCAC